ACAAAGGGAAAUUGUGCUUUUCCAGCAUGCUUACUGACCCUGAUUUACCUCAGGAGUUUGAAAGGAUGUCUUCCAAGCGGCCAGCCUCUCCGUAUGGGGAAGCAGAUGGAGAGGUAGCCAUGGUGACAAGCAGACAGAAAGUGGAAGGAGAGGAGAGUGACGGGCUCCCAGCCUUUCACCUUCCCUUGCAUGUGAGUUUUCCCAACAAGCCUCACUCUGAGGAAUUUCAGCCAGUUUCUCUGCUGACGCAAGAGUCUUGUGGCCAUAGGACUCCCACUUCUCAGCACAAUACAAUGGAAGUUGAUGGCAAUAAAGUUAUGUCUUCAUUUGCCCCACACAACCCAUCUACCUCACCUCAGAAGGCAGAAGAAGGUGGGCGGCAGAGUGGCGAGUCCUUGUCUACGACAGCUCUGGGCACCCCCGAAAGGCGCAAAGGCAGCUUAGCUGAUGUUGUGGACACCUUGAAGCAAAGGAAAAUGGAGGAGCUCAUCAAAAAUGAGCCAGAAGAAACCCCCAGUAUCGAAAAGCUACUCUCUAAGGACUGGAAAGACAAGCUUCUUGCAAUGGGAUCAGGGAACUUUGGCGAAAUAAAAGAAUGUGCCUUCAGCAAGGUUAAAAACUGCACACUGUGUGAACGGGAAGAGGGAGAAGAAUGUGCCCUGACGUUGAACAUUGCUGUUUGGUGGCAUCGCGCCAGUUCCACUCGGAACGAAACACCGCCGGGUCCGGAGCAGCCCUCACAGUGGUUCUUAAGUUUGGGCCCCAGGUUGCAACCAGGUGUCAGUCCAUCUCGUUGA